CACGCAUCGGCGCACGCGCACGGCGCGGCCGCGGAGGGCCGUGGCGCGUGGGGCCUGUCCGCCGCCCGGCGUCAGGAGGCUCUGGGAGGAUCUCACCUGUCAGGUCUGCAGGCAGAGGAUACUUGCCUUGGAUGCGCUGCUGGGGCAGGGCUGGCACCACGGGCCCUGAGGCAAGACAGGCUUUACUCAGGAGCAAGGACAGCACCAAGGGAGAGGAAUGGAACGCCUGGCCUCCUUCAGCAAUGACCCUUUUGAUAAGCCUCCAUGCCGAGGUUGCUCUUCCUACCUCACAGAGCCCUACGUUAAGUGUGCUGAGUGUGGGCCUCCUCCCUUCCUCCUGUGUUUGCAGUGUUUCACACGAGGAUUUGAGUACAAGAAGCAUCAGAGUGAUCACACUUACGAGAUAAUGACAUCUGAUUUCCCUGUCUUGGAUCCUAACUGGACAGCUCAAGAGGAAAUGGCUCUCCUGGAAGCUGUGAUGGACUGUGGAUUUGGAAACUGGCAGGAUGUAGCCAACCAGAUGUGUACCAAGUCCAAGGAGGAGUGUGAGAAGCAUUACAUGAAACACUUCAUCAACAACCCCCUCUUUGCAUCCACCCUGCUGAACCUGAAGCAGGCAGAGGAGGCACAGCACAACGAAACAGCCAUUCCCUUCCAGCCUGCUGAUGACCCUCCACGGCCAACUUUUGAUUCCUUGCUCUCCAGGGACAUGGCUGGGUACAUGCCAGCCAGAGCUGACUUUGUUGAGGAGUUUGACAACUAUGCUGAAUGGGAUUUGAGAGAUAUCGAUUUUGUAGAGGAUGAUUCUGACAUUUUGCAUGCUCUGAAGAUUGCAGUGGUAGAUAUCUAUCAUUCCAGGUUAAAGGAAAGACAGAGAAGGAAAAAGAUUAUAAGAGACCAUGGCCUCAUCAACCUCAGGAAAUUUCAGAUUCUGGAGCGGCGCUACCCGCGGGAGCUGCAGGAGCUGCAUGAGGCCAUGCGGCGCUUCGCACCCAUCCUGGGGCCGCUGGAGCACGACAAGUUCAUCGAGAGCCACGCCCUGGAGUUUGAGCUGCGCAGAGAGAUAAAGCGGCUGCAGGAGUACAGAGCAGCAGGCAUCACCAACUUCUGCAGUGCCAGGACCUACGACCAGCUGAAGAAGACGCGGGAGGAGGAGCGGCUGAAGCGGACGAUGCUCUCCGAAGUGCUGCAGUACAUCCAGGACAGCAGCGCCUGCCAGCAGUGGCUCAGCAGACAGGCUGACAUUGAUUCCGGCCUGAGUCCCACGGUGCCAGUGCCUUCCAAUUCAGGCAGGCGCAGUGCUCCUCCGCUGAACCUCACCGGGCUGCCUGGCACCGAGAAGCUCAACGAGAAGGAGAAGGAGCUCUGUCAGAUGGUGAGGCUGGUCCCUGGAGCAUAUUUAGAGUACAAAGCUGCUUUGGUGAACGAGUGCAACAAACAGGGAGGCCUGAGACUGGCGCAGGCUCGAGCGCUCAUCAAGAUCGAUGUGAACAAGACCAGGAAGAUCUACGACUUCCUGAUCAGGGAGGGCUACAUCACCAAGGCCUGAGCACAGGCAGCAGGGCCGGGAAGCUCUGCCGGCGCUGCAGGGCUCUCAGUGUUGAAGGAAGGACAGGUCCUUCCCUUUAAAAGCUUUUAGGGUUGUGGGGUUUGGUAAAAACAAGUAGGGAGCUUGGUUCAGUCGUCUGAGCGGUGACAUCCUCUUGUCUGGGUCCCUGCUGAGUGCUGCUUGACACUGCCCUGGGCAGAAUUCCACGGCCACGUGGCGCUGGGAAGCAGCAGCUGUGGUGUGAGCUGGUGUGUGAUGCGAACGGGCUCGCAGCUCCCACUCCUCCCUGAGCCAGAGGAGAGGCACAGCGCUUGGAUCCUGACAGGGGGCAGAGCAGGGGAGCAGCACGGGGCCCGAAGCACAGGUUGGCUUUGUGCGAGCACGGGGCUAGAAAAUGCAGGCUCCUCCCUUCUUGUGCUCCCUUCCUGAGCCCCUGGCAGCUUUCAGAGGAGAUAGCACAUGCCCCAGGGUGUAAAAAUAGAGCUUGCAGUGGUCCAGUCCUUUUAACUUAAUUGUGAUAAAGGAUGGGGAAGGACAUUGCAGGGAAGCUCCUCAACAGUUGUUCCUUUUAUGUGAUAUUAGCACAUAUCACAGCAUGAGAGCACUGUACAGACCAAUCAGCUUCAGCUGCUCCCUACUUGAGUUGUGAUUGUCAAGUUAUAUAAAAUCCCCCGGGUUAAGGUUUCCUUGCUGCAGCUCACUGGAGAGGCUGCUGGAGCUUACAGCCCUUCAGAACACAGAGAGGUGUUCAGAACCCCUCUGUCAUCACCCAAAAGAUAACAACCCAAGAGCACCACAAACUGCCCACAGCACACACAGCAGGCCAGGAGCAACCUGGUGUAGUGCAGGGCAUCCCUGCCAGUGCCAGCGGGGUUGGAAGAGGAUCUUCAAGGUCUCUUCCAGCUCAAAACCAUCAGCCCUUCCUGCCCUCUUCCUGGGGCCUUGUUCUCUCAGCUUGUGGCAGCAAUGGACCCUGCCAGCUGACCAACAAAGCAGGGAAAGGUGCAAUAAGUUCCUGCACACAGCUCCCUGCCAGCCCGGCCAGGCUGUGGAGGAGCUUCUGAGCAGAGCCCUGGGGUGCUGGAGCAAGUGAGGAUGGCAGCUUGGCCUGCUUCACUGCACAGUAAAUUCUUCAUCCAGCAGCUUCCACUGCUGGGGUGUGGAGCUGAAAUAAUGUCCCCUGUGACCCAGCAGCCAGGGCAGUGGCAUGUGGAAUGCUCUAGAGUGUGGGACACCAUCUGGACAAACCUAAGUGAGCUGCAGCCAUACCAAUGCCUGCUUCAGGUGUUUAGGUUUGGGGGUGGUUUUCUCCUGUGUACCUGGAGUGCCGUUGGAUGUGAAGUAUUUUGGUUUGUAAUAAAAAUCAAAACGA